AUGGGCGAUCUUCCCUCUGCCCGCUGCAAUGCAUCACCGCCGUUCAUGCACAGCGGCGUGGAUUUUGCGGGCCCCUUCAACAUAAGAACAACCAAAGGUCGAGGCCACCGUAGCUACAAAGGCUACGUGGCGCUCUUUGUGUGCUUGGCCACAAGAGCAGUAUAUCUCGAGCUCGUCAGCGAUAUGACAACGGAAGCGUUUCUUGCAGCGCUGACACGAUACGUAUCGGUACGUGGACUUGGCUCUGAUUUAUAUAGUGACCAUGGGACAACAUUCAUUGGAGCCAAUGCUCUAAUUCAAGAAGAGAUACGUGCGUUCAAAGCUCAGCUACGAGCUGCCACUAGUUACGGCUCUACAAUCGGCCUGACAUGGCACUUCAUACCCCCCGGUGCUCCAAAUUUUGGCGGUAUCUGGGAGGCAGGCGUCAAGAGUAUGAAACACCACCUUCGGCGGAUAAUUCAUACUACGACCUUAACAUUUGAAGAAUUUUAUACCGUGUUGAAACAGGUGGAAGCGUGUUUGAACUCGCGACCGAUUUCUGCACUGUCCGAUGACCCUCAGGACUUAUCAGCGCUUACACCGGGCCAUUUUCUGAUCGGAAGAGCAGUGACGUCACUCCCAGAACAGUGCAUCCUUGGCGAAGCGGAUGGCUUAUUGAAGCGAUGGAAGUUGAUGAAGCAGAUGCACCAAAACUUUUGGCAUCGUUGGUCCUGCGAGUAUUUGCAUCAACUUCAAACGCGAAAUAAAUGGCGCACGCAACAACCAAAUAUUGUCUGCGGCCAACUCGUUUUAGUACGAGACGAACGGUUGCCACCCAAGUGCUGGAUUCUUGGUCGUAUAACCGAUGCUCACGCUGGAGAAAACGGAUUAGUUCGCGUGGUUACUAUAAGAACGCAAACCAGUCUUAUCAAAAGACCUAUAUCAAAGAUCUCGGUUCUACCCAUCGAGAUUGACCCGAUGGAUUCACAGGAAGGAACAACUCAGGCCGCGCUCAAGACGGUAGGCGGCGCACUAUAA